AUGGGAAACAACACAUCUCGUCCUGGCGGCUACCCUGGAGAUUCCAUAUACCCCCAUCCGAAUGCCUUCCAACCACCCACAAAAUCUCGGCGCCAGAGGCCCUGGUACAAAUCCAAACGCGAUGACGACGUCUACGAUUAUGAUUAUAACCAAAAUAUCCAGCCUCAAAUGCAGCAGUUUCCGCAAUCGCUUUCCUUUCGUCCCGAGCAGUACCGGCUCGCGCAGACACCCCCACCGCUCAUGCACUUCCCGCGGCCACCACACAACACUUCGCGACCGGUUAUCCCCACUAUACCCAACGUGAACGCGACCAAUGUCGUUCCAAAUAUCGUGCCAAAUUCUGGGAGGAUGCGGGUGAGAACGCGGACACAGACACCAGCUAUCUAUGCCCAAGAUGAUCCUGCGAUGACCAUGCCACAACCUGUCAUCCCAAAUAUUGCAGGCCAACAAACUAAUAACGCACCAGUGAUUCCACAGAUGCCCCAGCAGUCUGCCAUGCCAGAACCCGUUCAGUUCCCUGAACCUCAGGUCCCUGAUUCUGCUUUUCCACCGCCCCAAAAUUCGCGGCUGGCACCUGGCCAGUAUGGACCGUACAGUGUGCCAGAGACGCCACUUAACAACCCGCUUCCUGAGCCUCCCAAAGAUAUAUUCGAGAUGUCGCCGUACGUCUCGCUUCUAGCAGAGCUCCGCAAGCCUGUCGACGAAUCGACAAUCAAACGCAACAUCAUUAUCCCUGGCUCGCAACCGAUGCACAUCAACGUUGGGGCGGACUACCGGACUGCUCCGCGGACAGGUACACGGCGGCAUCGCCGCAAGGGUAGCCUCCUCAACGUCUUCGGGUCCCGUCGCCGGAGAGACGAGAUCGAUGACGAUGACGACGUGGGUGCCCCGCCCAUCCUGGCUCAGCCUGCUAUGUACGCAGUUCCUACGAUGCAGCAAAUGUCUGAUGGCAACCCAGCGUUCAUGUACAACAUACCCUCACAAAUGAUGCAGGUCGCAGCUGACGGGGGCGCGGUCCCUAUUCCUGUUCAAGGAGCUACACCCAUGCCAGCGGGGAUGCCAGGGCCCGACACCUGGCGCGGCCCGUCUCCUGCCAGGAUACAUACACCCACGCCAGGACGCAUGGCCACGCCAGCCCCGGCGCGACCGGUGAUGAAGGUAGAUCCUGGCAACGAGCUGGCAGGGCUCAUCCACUGGUCGCCACAUCGAGUUCACUAUAAUUCCAAGUCGUAUCCUACCGCGUUCCAUUUACUGGAGGCAAUGAAGUUCAUAGACCACCGACCAGAUAUCGCAGAACGUAUCCGCACAAGUGGGAGUGUAGAAGAGGCGCGCGCGGUGUCGGUGGCAUCGCACCAUGACAUGCGGCCUGACUGGGAGAAUGUUCUUCUGGACAAGAUGGAUGAGAUUCUUUAUCAAAAAAUGAUCCAGUAUCCAACAUUACGCGCUGUGUUGCUAAGCACUGACAUCGCAGACCUUGUGUUCAACGACCGCAAUGACAACUUCUGGGGCGACGGGCCUCUCGGUCAGGGGGCGAAUCAGCUCGGCAAGGCCCUCGUGCGGCUUCGGGAACGCCUCAAAGCAGAAGGUUUUGGGACAUGA